UUAUACAAAAUCACAUUACGAAGGCAAGAAAAUUUGCUAGGGUUUAUGAUAAUCACAUAAUCAUGGUUGGUCAUGUUUAAAAAACUGCUUAAAGAAAGAUGAGUUUCACCAUAGUUGUACAUCAUGGGGGUCAGUUUGUAAGAGAUUGGAUUGUGUAUUAUAGGGGUGGUAGUGUAACUGUAAUUGAGGGGAUUAAUAAGGACAAAUGGAAUUAUUUGGAAGCAGAGGGUAUUGUGAGAAAGCUAAAAUACGGUAAAAAUAGUUUCAGAAUGUGGUGGAAAGUUGAGGUUGAAUUAGGUUACAAAAUGUUAAGGUUGGACAAAGAUGCCGAUGAUAUUGUUGAUUAUGCCAUAAACAACAAAGUUGAUGCUCAUAUAUAUGUUGAACAUGAUGUUGGUAACAAUGUUUGCCUUGUGGAUGCUCCUAUUUGUCUUGAAUUACAAGCUAAUAAUGAUAUACCUAAUAAUAUUGGGGACAAGAGUAUACGUGUUGGUGUCAAUGAUGAUGCUGGUGAAUAUGAAGAAGGUGAGGGCAGUGACGAAAAUGAGACUAAUAGCAGUGAAGAUGAAGCAAAAGGGAUUCAUUUUGAUGAUAGUGAAGAUGAGAGAGCUUUAGGGUUGGAUGAUGGAUUUGGUUCGAGUGACGAUGAUGUUGAUCCAGAAUUCCUACCCACAAGAAUGAUGGUUGAUGGGCAGACGUACAACUUGAAGACUCGUUUAAAUCAUACAGUGGGAGGUAGUUCAAGUAGUACACCUGCAAUAUGCAAUGUACCUGAUUCUUCAUUAAAUGACCAAUUUGUGAUGGAAACUGAGUAUGUUAGCGAAGAACUUGGAAGUAGUGAUCCCGAUGAUUCCGAUAAUGAAAAGGGACCCAAAUAUGAUCUAUUUAGGAUGGAGGACCUAAAUAAGGACUAUAAAUUCAAAAAGGACUUACAGUUUAAAUCGUUGGAAGAAUUUAAGGAGGCUAUCAUGAAAUGGAAUGUUUUUCAAGGGAGGAAUAUAAAGUUUGUGAAAAAUGACAAGGAAAGGGUUAGAGUGGUAUGUAAGAAAAAAUGUGGUUUUGUGGCUCUUGUAAGCAGAGUGGGAGGUAAGCACACAUUCAUGAUGAAGACGUGGCAUGGUAUUCACUCGUGUACAAGAGAUCCCAAUAAUAAGACUGCAACUGCGAAGUGGGUGGCACAAUUAAUACUUAAUACCAUGAGCACAAGUGACCAUAUGAAGGUAAAUGACAUUUUGACUCACGUAAGGAAAAAUUUCUCUGUCAACAUCAGCUUUUGGAGAGCUUGGAAAGCAAAACAGAUGGCUAAGGAAAUUGUAGAAGGUAAUGCUGCACGACAAUAUAAUCUAUUAUGGAGAUAUUCUGCAGAGCUUAGGAGGGUAUCUGAUAAUGGUAACACUUGCAAAAUCACAAUUGAGAGACCACAUCCAACUUUACAACCUAGGUUUGGAAGCUUUUAUUUUUCAUUUGAUGGUUGCAAAAAGGGGUUUUUGAAAGCAUGUCGACCUUUCAUUGGAGUUGAUGGUUGUCAUCUAAUGGCUAUAUGUUACCAACUAUUAGUGGCUUAUAAUGCCAACUCUUGGUGUAUUUUGAGUAUUAAUGGCUAUAUGUUACCAACUAUUAGUGUAUUUUAAAUACUGAAGGAGUUAUAUAAAUCAAAUUUUAUUUUAAGUAA